GACAUUCCCUCAUAAUGUGGUUUUACCUGGUGACUCUUGUGGGCCUUUACUACCUUCUGCGUUGGUAUCGUGAAAGGCAGGUGGUGAGCCAUCUACAUGACAAGUAUGUCUUCAUCACGGGUUGUGACUCUGGCUUUGGGAACCUGCUGGCCAGACAGCUGGACAGGAGAGGCAUGAGGGUGCUGGCUGCAUGUCUGACUGAGAAGGGAGCAGAGGAGCUGAAGAGCAAGACAUCUGACAGGCUGGAGACAGUGAUCCUUGAUGUUACCAACAGAGACAGUAUUUCAGCAGCCACUCAGUGGGUGAAGGAGCGUGUUGGAGACAAAGGACUCUGGGGUUUGGUUAACAAUGCAGGUGUGUUUCAAGCAUUUGCCUACAUUGAGUGGUGCCGACCGGAGGACUGCGCAUCUAUCUUUCAAGUGAACCUCAUUGGUUUGGCACAGGUGACUUUGAGCAUGCUUUUCCUGGUGAAGAAGGCUCGGGGCAGGAUCGUCAACGUCUCCAGUGUUUUGGGAAGAGUUGCAUUGUUUGGAGCAUUCUACAGUUGCUCCAAGUAUGGAGUUGAGGCAUUUUCAGACGUUCUAAGACGUGAGAUCCGAGAUUUCGGGGUGAAAGUCAGCAUAAUUGAACCUGGAAGCUUCAAAACGAGAAUGACUGACGUAGAGCUAAGCAUUGAGAAAAUCAAGAAAACCUGGGAGGCGACCCCUGAGCACAUCAGGGAGUCCUACGGACAGCAGUUUUUUGAUGACUUUUGCAACACCACCAGACGAGAACUGAAGAAGUGCAGCACCAACCUGAGCCUGGUCACAGACUGCAUGGAGCACGCUCUGACCUCCAAGUGUCCUCGCACCCGGUACUCAGCUGGCUGGGAUGCCAGACUUUUCUUCAUCCCUCUGUCUUAUUUGCCUACAUCACUGGUAGACUGCCUAUUGGCCAUAUCUAGGCGCAAGCCAGCUCAGGCAGUCUGAAGGAUCCUGGGUCGGCGGCUCUGGGAAUGAAGAAACAACUCAGUUAUUCCCAGCUCAAGCUGUGUGCGCUGACCUACUUUCUUGCCUAAACCACGUAUGGGCUGUCUUUUCCUCUCUCUACACCCACAGGCACCUGGUCUCGCUCUAUAACCCUGGCUGGCGGCAAACUCAUAGAAAACUGUCGUCUCUCUCUUAAUCAAGGCGUUUGCAUUCCAGGCAUAUAAAACUUAGUACUAACUUAGCCACUUUUUCCUGGGGAUAUUUCCAUAUUGUGUUAUUCUUUCUUGUCCUAUUAAAAAGUGUCCCAUCUAAGAACAAUUUA